CGUGGUUGUCUUAUCCAUUUCUUCUUAGUCCCAAUGGAGAAGAAUGGCGCGUGCCUGGCGGCGAUGUCGGCUAUCUCCUCAGAGACCAGCGGGGCACGGUCUGCCGUCGGGCUCCGGACUUCACACAUGCGUGGUGAUUUUGCAGAUCGUGCAGAAAUUACUGUCAGGAGGCGGUUGUCAAUGAGACCCUGUUUCUGCAGGCGAUCCCGUCCCCGUCCUUCUUCUCAAAUGAGAGAGCUACGCGUGCCCUCCUCCUCAUCUGCUGCGCCAUCUUCUUCAGCUUUCUGCCGUCCGAAAGACGCAAACUGUAAAGCCAGAGCGGAUUUCCAUAACUUCUCUUCCUCCUCCUUCUCCUCCUUCUCCUCCUCCUCCUCCUCCUCCUCCCGUCGGCGCACGUGUUCUUCUUCUUCUUCUUGCGCAAGUCUUGUGGACUUGGCGCGCAGCUGCGCUGUUUCGCGUGUUGGUGGCUGGCUGGCGGACUCAGGCUCGUGCUCCAAGUCCGGAUCGCGACCGCCACAUGCGGCGAUCCCACCGCUCUUGCGCGCCAAGUCGGCGAUAUUGGUGUCGGCCUCCUCGAUCGGGCACCCAACGUUACGGCCAAUUAUUGGUGACGUCAUCAUUGCGCGUGGAACGCGCAAGAAAGACCGGGCCAUGAUUGCAGAGAAGACGGCGCUGGCUUUUCUCUCCCCCUGCAGCAGCAGCAGCAUCUGCACCUUGUCCACCUGGCAGCAGCAACGGUUGCCGCCGGCUCUCUCGCCUUCGCCUUGGGCGCUGCUGGCGCCUUCGGCGCCGCUAAUUGUUGGGUGUGAUGGGGCUCUCUUCGCCAGCGUACAGGGAUCGCGACAAGCUCAACGGUCGCUGCAGCCUGGCUCCGACUCUUCGCUCGUGUCGGGAUCUCGACAGACCAUGUCGGCGUCGCUUCGUCGAAAGGGUGGGGGGGGGGGAGGCUUGAGAGCAAAGCGGCCGUCUUUCUUGGCGGGAAAACAUGGUGCGGCAACGUCCACUUCGUCAGUGUCUUCCCGCUCUUUCCGGCGCUCUCCCGCGCUUUCUCGUGUUCUUCGUCUAAUUAGAGGACCACCGCCGCCGCGAGGUAAUAAUGAUGAUGUCACUCUAGUCGGUGCUCGUCGGGAUCGGCUGUCAACUUGUGCCAGAGGAAGGAGAGGAGGGCGGUGGGUGAGCAGCGUCGGGAUCCGGCCAGCGGUGGCUGUUGCUGCUGCUGCUGCUGGUCGUUAUUAUUAUGCAGUUGCACAUCGCGGCGGCGUUGGCCAUGCAAACAAACCACGUGUCCUUCUCUCGCGUUGCCACGUGGCCGUGCAUUAUAACAGCAUGGCAGUCAAAGGGAGGGAGAGGAUGACACGGCGAUUGUUGAUGAAGUUACAGUCGGGAUCGGGGGAGGAAGGCGUCAGUGCAGAUGAUGACGUCAUCAGAGGAUCCGUUGAGGGAAGAUCGAGGGAGGACGGAGACGGGAUUAAGGUGGGGGAGGAGGGGGAGGAGGGGGAGGAGGAGGUGAUUGAAGGGGGAAGGGAGGAGGUAAAGGACGGAAGACAGAGCAGAUCUACGGUGGAUAGUCCAGUUUUUCAGGUGGUUGGCACAUCGGGGGAUGCAAAGUUUGCAAUUGAUUACUUGGGAGAGAGCACAAAAGGCGAUAUGCUUGUUCGGCCGGACAUUGCGGAAAGCUAUACUGAUAGCGAAUCUUUUGACGUGGAAAGUGCGUUUCAAGAGGAGGUUAGGCUUGAGAUAAAGCAAGCUGAUGCUCUACUCACGCAAAUGGGAAUACCGGCAGUCUUUCCUCAUGGGGAGCGAUCGAGGGGAAUCUUCUGCAGUCGUACUCUGAACCUUCGAUCUAUAUCAACCAUCGGGUAUGAUAUGGAUUACACGCUCGUCCACUAUGACGUUGAGGCGUGGGAGGGCCUUGCGUACAAUUAUGGAAUGGAUAAUCUGCGAAAAAUGGGUUACCCAGUCGAUGGCCUGCGCUUCGACCCUGAUUUGGCCAUUAGGGGGCUGAUAAUGGACAAGGAGAGGGGUAACCUUGUGAAAGCCGACAGAUUUGGGAUUGUGAAGCGAGCAAUGCAUGGAACGAAAAUGCUAUCCAAGAAAGCCAUCAGUCAAAUAUACGGACGGGAGUUUGUGGAUCUACGCAGCGAGUCACGCUGGGAAUUCCUGAACACACUCUUCAGCAUAAGUGAGGCGGUCAUGUUUAUGCAAAUGGUUCAGCGGCUUAAUGAAGGAGCAUUGCCACCAGAUCUCGGACCACUGGACUACACUGGUCUUUACAAGGUGGUUGCCAAGGCAUUGUUUCAAGCUCAUGUUGAAGGCCAACUUAAGGCUGAGAUCAUUAGCGAUCCGGAGCGCUAUAUCGAGCUUGAUCCAGAGCUUCCCCUGGCUCUCCUCGAUCAGAAAGAGGUGAACAUCAUUUUCAUUUUCCUCAUCCAUAUUUUCCCCAAUUCCACCUAGAUGAGCAGAUUCAGAAUCAAUGCAGCUUUUGUCC